CCAUUUCACAGCGCAAAUAUUAGUACCAAAACCGUAUACUAAUAACCAUACGAAUGCAACACACACAGCACGCACUGUCUUUGCGACUGUGACUGUAUCGGCGGCGAAGCUUCAGAUUUGGUGCCGAUUCGAUCGGAGUAAGAGGCGAAUGGAAUUCGGAAGAUGAAGUUCUAUGUAUCUUCCAAGGGGAUAAAGAGAGUCGUAACGCUAUCCAAAGACGCCGGAAAAGGAUCCGGAAAGAGAGGAGCUGCUGCCGACGCCGUUGUCGGUCGCCGGAUUUCUAACCGGACGGUGCUGGCGCUUGGCGUCGUGUUGCUUCUCGCUUUUGUAAGAGUGGCGGUUUUGAUGCUGGAAUCUUCUGUGGUUUGCUCCACCUUCGAUUGCGUGGGAUCGAUGUUUUUCAGCCGGGAUGACGCCAAUCUGAAACUCAGAGACGAGCUGACCAGAGCGCUAAUAGAGGCAAAUGAUGGCAAUGCUAAUGAAGGAGGAGCAGAGUCAUUUAACGAGCUUGUGAAAGUGUUGGGGUCAAAACAAGACCUUAAGGCAUUUGCGUUUAAGACCAAAGCCAUGCUGUCGCAGAUGGAACGUGAAGUGCAAUCAGCUAGAAAUCAGGAGUCAGUUAAUUGGCAUCUUGCUUCACAUGGUGUUCCCAAAAGUCUGCACUGUCUUUGUUUGAAGUUGGCUGAAGAAUAUGCUGUAAAUGCCAUAGCCCGAUCUCGUUUACCUGCUCCUGAAUAUGUAUCUCGCCUUGUUGACCCUACAUUUCACCACAUUGUUCUCCUAACUGACAACGUACUUGCAGCUUCUGUUGUUUUAACCUCUACUGUUGAAAAUUCAGCCAAGCCUGAAAGAUUAGUUUUUCACGUUGUUACCGACAAGAAAACUUAUACUCCAAUGCAUACCUGGUUUGCCAUCAACUCUAUUAGAUCAGCAGUUGUUGAAGUUAGGGGGUUACACCACUAUGACUGGUCUAAAGAAGUGAAUGCUGGUGUUAAAGAGCUGCUGGAAGCUAAUCAUUUAAUUUGGAAGCACUGCUACAACAACUACAAAGAAAAAAACGUCGACUAUAGUGAGGAGCAUAAGAGAUAUUUGGAAGCUUUAAGACCCAGCAGCCUUUCCUUGUUGAAUCACCUCCGCGUCUAUAUCCCUGAGCUGUUUCCAGAUCUCAACAAGGUAGUAUUGCUGGAUGAUGAUGUUGUCGUACAGCAUGACAUAUCUUCUUUGUGGGAAAUAGAUCUUAAUGGCAAAGCCGUUGGUUCGGUGUUCAAGUCAUGGUGUCAGAACAGCUGCUGUCCUGGAAGUAAAUACCACGACCUCUUUAACUUUUCACAUCCUAUCAUAUCAUCCAACAUUGACGGUGAUAAGUGUGCAUGGCUCUAUGGCAUGAACAUAUUUGAUCUUGAAGCUUGGAGGAGAUCAAAUAUUACUGAGACCUAUCAUCAGUGGUUGAAACUUAACGUCAAGUCUGGGUUGGCAUUCUGGAAUCCUGGAGUACUCCCACCUGCCUUGAUUGCUUUUGAGGGUCAAGUGCAACCCAUAAAUUCAUCAUGGCUUGCGACUGAUUUAGGUUAUCGCCAUCGAUCAGAAGAAAUUAUCAAUAGCAUAGAAAGACUGGAAGCUGCUGCUGUUGUUCACUUCAAUGGCCCAGCAAAGCCAUGGCUUGAAAUCGGUUCACCAGAGCUUCGAAGCUUAUGGAACAGAUAUGUAAAUUUCUCCGAUAAGUUUAUUAGGAAAUGUAGGAUUGUAGUGUGAAGAGACGAAGUUAUCCCACCUCCAGCGUUCAUAUUGACAUUGA